CCAUUAGCAGAAGACGGUACCUUAUUUACCGCCAAAAACAGAUGUCUGUGCCUGCCUUGCACUGCCCAGCUACACUGCAACAAGUCUUCUGCUACACACUAAUGCCUGUAGCCUGAUAUAAAGUUACAAAGAAAUACAUCUUGAUUCAAUCCUACUGGUGGGUGAGCAGCGGCUGAAGGCAGGAGCCCACGCCAGGAUGGGACGCAGCACACAGACGGCAGCCCGCCACACUCGGGACGGGACACACAGUGCUGGCCCCCAGGCUGACGUGUAAGACCUCCGUGUCAGCUGGCUGAGAGCUGUGUGCCAGCCUGCGGCAGCACCAGUCACCCAGCCAGGACUGGCGGGCUGGCCUGUGGGAAGACACUCGUCCGUCAAGAGCAGCGUCUUGGCCAGCUGCCGUCACAGGAGACCGGCUCCCCAGCGUCCUGUCUCCUCACACUUGGAGAGGACAAUGACGUGCACAAUUUCCAUCACAGUUGCAGUGGUGCAGAACUGUUGAUUUUAUCACUGCAUACGUCAUAUUCAUCUUAUUAUGAAUGUUUAGUGCAGUGCUCAAAAUAGAAUGUAGCAAAUAUUGGUAAUGAUUAUUCUUUAAUUUCUGUCACAUUUUAGUUACCAGUCAACAUGUCAGGCUUUAUAUUAAGCAGAUCUUUACAUGACAAAGACCAAUUUAUUCUGAAUACAAAUGUUUGUUGGUCAUUUUAUGAUUGCUUGAUUUUUUGUAAAUAGGUUAAAUCUAGUGUCAACCAAUUUGUAACUGUGAUUUUCAUUUGGAGCCAAGAAAGAAAUUAGCUUGGCAUUCCAGUGUUAGGUGGGCACUGCAGGGUGCCACAAGGAAAAGUGAGAAUGAAGGGGGAGUGUGACGGCAGGGAGUUGACCCCCGGGGCACCCGUCAGUGUGGGGCCGGGCAGCAUGUCAGGUCACAAUAGGGAAGGGGGUACGGGGAUGAAGGGGGAGCAAGACAGUGCCACGAGGGGCCUGCAGAUGCCAGGUGUUGUGGGGGGAGCUCAGGGCAAUGGCACGCGGGGCUUCAGUGUGGCAGAGCUCACCAAGGUGGAGGAGGUGAGCCCAGCCAGGGGUGGUCUGCAGAUCCCAAGUGUUAAAGGUGGUGCCAUAGGGAGUGUUCGAGUGCCACCUUUCAAGAGGGAGGGCCAUGACAAGGGCCCAGGACGUGAGGAUAAGCCUUGUGUUCAAGAAGGGAAGGAAAAACUGACUAUAGGAAGGAUCAAGAUUCCCAUCUUUAGGAAAGAUGGCUGGUCAACAGGUUUUAAAAGAGCCAGUCACAACAUCACCUCAGGGAGCUUGCAGGUGUCCAGUGUGGAGGGACAGAACCAGAGCAGUGACACAAGGACUUUCAGUGCAGCAAGGGCAGACAGCCAAAGCAUUGCCACCAGGGUUGGUGCUGCUGUGCCAGGGAGUGUGAUGGAUGCCAAGAGAGAGAGCCAGAGCAGUACAGUGGAGGUACCAAGCAUGGCAGCUACCAAGAGGAUGAGCCAGGAUGGGACCAGCCUGGAGGCAGCACUCGAGGCAAGCACCAAGAAACUGAAGAAAGACAGUGAUCCAAGCGUCCCUGACAUAGCAGCCAGCAGGAACGUCAGUGACGGCAACACCACAGACACAGACUUGGUGAACACAGCAGCUAGCAAGAGAAUGAGUCAGGAUGGUGCUACAGGGCUGUCUGGCAGGAUAGACGUCAAGAGAAUAAGACAGGACAGUCUGACACAGAUCACAGGUGUGACAAGUAUGCCAAGAUACAGCCACAACAGUGUGCCAGAGCCAGUAAACUGUGCAGUUCUGAAGGCACCACCAGGCCAGAGUGUCAUCACCAGGACAGGAGACACAAGAGGUGCAGGGACCUGUGAGCUGAAAGGUCACAAGAGUGGCCUGGCAUCUGUGAAUGCAGCACCUGCUGAGAUGGUGAGCCAGAACAUCAGCAAAUACAACCCUCAGGCGGAGGCUGUGAAGGGAGGCGAGCAGGACAGUGCGACAAGUCAAGCAGAGCCAGCUGUGAAGGGAGACUCUGAUGGCAGCACUGCCAAGCCACCAUUGCCAGUGGUGAGGCAGGACAAAGACAGCAGAGAUAUGGAAGGCUUGAAGGCCUGUGUUGGCGAGGCAGGACCCCAGACACAUCCCACAGCCAGCCCUCUGCUGCCACCCAUAAAGAAGGAAAUCUGUGACACCUCAGAUAGAGAAGAGAGUUCAGAGGUGGCAGACAUGAAUCAGGAGACCCAAAACAAGGGAGAGGCACAGGACAAAAGUGUAGACACAGAGAAGUUGGCAGGGCCCCAGCAGUGCUCAGAGAACAGUGAAGAGAAGCAGGAAGGUGUGUUGAAAGAUGAAGACAAGAACAUAGUCAGGGAGUGUCAGGGUGAGGGUGAGGAGGGGCGGGUGGCAGUGGGUGGCUCCUCCUGCCCUCCCCGGGUGAAGCCAGAGAUGGUGAGCAUCGAGACGCAGUGUGAUGAUGCCACCAUGGCGGCAGAUAAGGCCAUCAAGGACGAGUACGCCUUCUUCAGCGAAGACAGUGGGGAGCCGGGAGAGUGCCUAGGGGGAUGUGAGCCCGGCAAAAAGCCCCACAAGUGCUGUCAGUGUGACACCUCCUUCAGGACGCCGUACGAGCUGUCCCGCCAUGGGCGUGUGCACAGCGGGGAGCGGCCGUACCAGUGCCGCCUGUGCCACCGCUGCUUCAAGAGGAAGGACCACGUGGAGGUGCACACACGCCGCCAUGUGGAGGACCGCCGCCAUGCCUGCAAUGACUGUGGGGUUUGCUUUGUGACCUCCUCCUGCCUCCUGCGCCACCAGCGUCGCACCCACCAGGCUCCCGGCACCAAGCGGCCAGGCGAGGGGGAGAAUGGCGAGGGGGAGGGAGAGCCUGGGGAGAUCAAAGGGGAGGUCAAGGACCAGAUCAGUUCCAAAGACGCCCAGAAGAACGGCCGCCGCAACAAGAAGAACAAGCCAGACUCAACGUACCGGCCGGGCGGCAAGACAGUGUGUAUCAUCAAGAAGCGAAAUCUGCGCCAGCGAAGCUACUCCUUUGUGGAGCUGGAGGAUGAUGUUGAAUGCUUUGAGAGUGACGAGGAAGACCGCAUCCCCUUCCUGAAGGUGCAGGAGCAGCAGCAGGUGGAAGAGCAUGACGAGAGUGGCAGCCAGUCCAGCCAGCUGGAGCACAGCCUCUUCCCACCCAGUCUCUUCAACCCAGAGGCCAAUCUCAGUCACCUGCUGCUGCUGGGAGAGGUGAGUCGCCUGCUGUCCCACUCACUGAUCCCUGGGGGCCCCUCGGAAGGAUCCACCAUCCCAGCCAGCACGGUUGGCCAGACAGGUCACACCAAUGGUCCACCGCAGGACGCUGACGUGGACACUGACGACUCUGACUGUGAGCCGCCCCUGGUGGCCUGUGACGUGACCUUCACCGAGGCUGAGGGCGAGGUGUUUGUGUCGCUGCCAGAUGAUGACUCGGCACCCUCCCAACCAGAGGAGGUGCCGGACCAGGACGAGCAGGACAAGGCAGCACCACCGGCCACUGCCAAGGCUGAGCCUGAGCCGUGCCACCCAGCAGUGAAGACCGAGCCAGGUCAGCCCAGCCCACCACUGACACCAGCCAAGGGAGGAAAGCUAGGCAGCAAGCCUCACUGCAUGCCACCAGCCACCAGCAAGAUGGCACCCACCUCACCCGUCACUGGCAAAGGUGGAGGGACGGGUUUUGCCGCCAUGGGGGAGCCACGAACUGCCUGGGUGCCUGCCAACAACACCAAGGGGAAGAACACCUGCGACGCCUGCCGGAGGAGGAACGAGGCCAACCGUCUGGCACAGAUGGAGAAGGAGCGCCAGGCAGCACUGAAGCAGAAGGAGGAGGCACAGACCAAUCCACGAAACACUCCUCAGAAGGAAAUCAAGACUGAAGAGGUGAAGCCUGCAGACAAGCCAUUCGUGGUCACACCUCCCCCCAAGCCUCCUGCGUGCAAGCCACAGCAGUGCAAGCCGCAGCAGUGCAAGCCGGCAGUGAACAAGCGCAGCAGGAAGGCCGCCAUCACCAAGAAGCGGCGGCCGGCCAAGGCUGGUGGUGGUGGUGGUGGUGGUGGCGAGGGCAAUGGUGCCACCACAGUGCCCCAGCGACCCCACAAGUGUCAUCUGUGUCCAUUCAAUUUCAGGUCGGCCACAGAGCUGAAGCGGCACGCCAGCACACACAGCGGGGAGCGGCCCUUCCUGUGUGAGCUGUGUGGUGCCGGGUUCAUGCGCAAGUGCCACUUACAGCUCCAUGUGCGGCGGCACAGCGGUGAGCGGAGACAUGCCUGCCAAGAGUGCCGGAUGCGUUUCUUCACACCCUCAGACCUGGCACGGCACCAGGCCAUCCACCAGGCGGGAGACAAACCCCUGGAGUGCCACCUGUGCCACCUCACCUUCCGCCGCGCCUUCCACCUGGAGCGCCACAUUCGCCGCCACAACGAGGCCGCGCCCUUUGCCUGCAAGCUGUGUGGUGCUUUCUUCAGCUCGGCAGCAGCACUGAGGAGCCACGACAAGCACCACCGCACGCCCGGCCCACACGCCUGCCCUGACUGCACGGCUGCAUUCACCACAGCUACUGCUCUCUCCCGCCACCGCCGCGUCCACUCCGCCCGUCACCACCGCCUGCUGAGAGCCAUAGAGCGCCACGCCACAGCCAAAUCCAGCUACGAGUGCGUUUCUUCCGAGGAGUCUCCGCUGUCCCUGGUGAUCCGCAAGGUGUCGGCCACGGUGGUGACACCAGGGGAGUCAGGGAAGGACACACCCACUGACUCCCCAGACCUGGCAGACCAUGACAAAGAGGAGCAGGAGGAAAAGGAGAACAAGGACAGCAUUACCUCAGGUCUCUCUACCACAGAUAAGGAAAUGGAUAGUAAGGUGGAAGGAAGGGAAAUGGAUGUCUCCACUUCACUUACUAAUAAGGAAACAGAGCAGGGUGGAAAAACUGUCUCCAGUCUCUCCACUACAGACAACGAAAUGAAGGGAAAGGUGGAAGGAGAGGAAAUUACCUCUACUCCUUCAGUACCAGAUAAAAUAAAAGAGGAUAGAGAAGGAAAUAUUACCUCAAGUCCCUCCAUCUCUGAAAAGAUAGAAGAUGACAGGGAAAAAAAUAUCUUGAGUUCUGGGAGGGAAAAGGAGCGGAGUGUAGCCAGUGCUUUGACCAUCAACACAGGGGAAAUCAAUGAGGAGAGUGGAAACAUUACCUCUAAUCCUUCCAUGACAGAGAAGGAGGUGGUCAGCACAGAGGUGAGUAGCAGUGGCUGUACAGUGGAGGAGAGUGUCACAAACAGUGGUGACAGCCUUGGUGCCAUUAAUCUCUCCAGCAGCACCAAGGCUGGGAAGGACAUGGCCAGUCAUAAUGAAGCAACAGGCCUCCAGCACAUGAACAGCUCCAGGGAAACGGGUAAUCAAAGUGUGUCCAGGGAAGCAGAGAUGGUACAAAAGUCAGCCAGCAACAGUGGAACAGUUUCCAGCAGGGAACUGAAUGGCAAACAUGAGUUGAGUGUCUCCCUCAUGAGCAAAGAGAGGAAAGAAGCACAAGGCAGGAGCAGCUGCAGUCUGUUGCUCCCCACAAGCAGAGAAAUAGAGGCUGUUAAAGAAGAAAUCCACUGCAGAUCCACGUACCACCUGGCCACCCCAAGUGGAGGGCAGGAGGCAGCCCUGCAUGGUGCACCAGGGUAUCCCGGUGAGCAGGGCGGCAGCAGGGCCAGCGGUGAGGAGGGUGGACAGCAGGGAGGGGUGAGGGACGGGGUGGCCACCACCAGCUAGCCGUGAGUGCAGGUGACAAGUGCAGUAUUCAGCUGGUGAAACAAAUCUUGCAAGCUUGACAUGAUAUUUUUUGCCAUGUAGAAGGCAUCAAGUUUGAGACAUUAGAGGGAAGUGUCCAGGAGUGGUGUAAGUUUGGCAGCUCCACCAGGGGUUUGGUUACUGUGUUCAUGAUGUGAAUCUCAGACCACGUGGGGAGCACCUGCAUUUCACUCAUGUUUCGUUAGCAACACCACAGCUGGACCGGCCAGUGCAGCGCGCCUGUGCACUGCCUCGGACAAACUCCCCCUCCCACUCAGCUCUGGCGAGCAUCAAAGUGCAAAGGUUGAGAGUGAGCCACAAGUGAUGUGCAAGGGCAGUGUUGGUAAAGUACCUACAUACUACUUGCUUAUUCAGUAGUUUACAGUGCAAGCUAUGAGAAGACUGUGAUAAGUUAGAUUUUAUUGUUGACUGAUAUUACAAAUUAUUACAAAUUACAUAUGUCUAUUAUAAGAAGGAAGUUUAGGACAAAAACAAAUAUAUUGAGCAUUCAUAUUGGCAUUAUUUUAAGAAGUAAAAUUGUGGCAAUAGAUAAAAUGUAGAUUAUUGAAAUUUAAUAGUGCUAUCUAUAUCUUGAGUGUUCAGGUUAGAGACAAUCUGUAUUUGCAGGAAUACCUUGUUCUGACACAACUUGAUAAGUCAGUGUCAACAGAGGGAGAGACGGUGCACCUAUCUUAUUGAGGGUGGCUGGCGCUGGGACUGAGACGGGCAAUGAGUGGUGAGUGGUAGAGUAUCAGCAGGUGCCUCUCAGUCCCAGGGAUGUCAGAGCAAGGCCUUCCUGCAUGCUGCUGUAAGGAGAUGCCAUAUUAGGAGAGUAAAAUAGCAGAGUAAACUUAGAAGAGUACGUAUGUAUCAGUGAGGGAACGUGGUACAGAGGAGGCAGUUGUGGUGAGAGUCUCAGCCUGUGGUGGACAUUUGAACCUGAAAAUCUCCUUCCCAGAUCGCUACAUUUGUAAGGUUGGUAACGGCCGCCCUGCCAGGUGCCACCCUGCCUGUCGGAGGAUGUCGUCUCGUUAGUCGUAAGCAUGUUGGGUAUUUUAUAAACAAAUUCACCCCAGCAUUAUGUUAUGUGAAAGCUUGACACACUGUUGCAGUGAGAACAAAGCUAUGCAGGAGUUUCUUUUAAAUAUUUCUACAUUUAUUUGUACACAUAAUUGCCAGAACCAUAGCCGCUUGCUGUGUUUUAUCAUCAGAGUGGUCCAGCUCUGUUCCCAGCGCUUGUAGUGAGUUGUAGGCAGCUCGUAGGCUUCGUACUGCUGUUGUAGCACCCACAGGAACCCACAGAUGUAGUCGUGUGUAGAGGGUAGUCGAGUAACACUUUUCUCAGCUUACAGCGCAAAACUAAUGUGUCUUUCACCGCAUAGCUUGAUGAAUGUCAUGUCUGCAGGAGAGUGUGUGUGUGUGUGUGUGUGUGUGUGUGUGUGUGUGUGUGUGUGUGUGUUUGUGUGUGUGUGACUGUCUGUCUGUGUAUGUGUCCGUGUGAGUGUAGCUAGGGUGGAGGGGCUGGGUGUGUCCUCGGGUAGAGAUACACUGAUAGUACCUGACUGUAGCGUGCAUUAGCUGUCAGCCAGACAACUUCACUGGGAGUUAGACUGUCCUUGUGUCCUCCCCAGGGUUGUGUUGCUCUUGUUUUAUUUUUUGUCCUGUUUUGUUUAUCUGUUUGUAGACGGCAGAAUUAUAUUGCGGAAAUGCUUUUAUCGACCUUUGUCUAUGUUUAUUUUUACAGUAGAUAGCUUUAUUUGACCAGAUUAUCAGAACCAUUGUUGGCUACUAAAAUUUUAUUGAUAUUUUAUUUAGUUUUAUAUAUAUUAUUUGAUCGUUUAUUAUUUUGUUGUUGUUCUGUAGUCUCCCAUUCAUCAUUGGAACCUAAAGACCACCAUCGGAAAUUCAAAUCUCUUGCACAUACAUUUUGUCCACGAGGUUUCCAAUUAUUAUGCCACUUCCUCUGUUCAACACUGUCACACUACUAGUACCGUAUAUUAGAACUCAAACCACACACAAGGUCUCUAAGGACAAUUCAAUGUACAGUAUUCACCUUCUACAGUAUUGUCAUGUUCCCAGAAAUACUACCAUUCCAAAUCAAGAUGUUCUCACACCAGCUGUUAAUAACAUUAGUUGCCGUGUCUGUCUAUCCCUACCAACCAACCAACCAGCCUCGGCGCGCCUCCCUCGGCCGCCCUGUAGUGUAGAGGCCACCAACCCUAUGGGCAUUGAUUUGUGAACCAGUUACUUUUAUUAUGAGCCACCUCUAGUGAACCAGUGUGCUUCGUGCUGUGUAGCGGUGAAAUAAACAGUGUCAUUGUU